AUGCAAGGCUUUGACAUGCGAAUCAAUGAACACGGAGACGCCAAAGGAAAUUACACACUGUUGUCGUGGCAAGCAGUGGAGCCAGUUCGAACGAAAGGCGAUGGUAAUUACUAUCCGCUCGACCACGCUCUUGACAUCACUGCCAUGUUCGUUGAUGGAGGAGAAGGGCAUAAUAACAUGCCAAAGCUAGUAUUCCACAAGCCAAUCAUGUGGAUAGAUGGACCAACACGUGAUCAGCCAGAUUGCGGCUUUCACGGAGAGCUUUGCAGAGAUUAUGGCGGCUACAUAUCAUUCAUUUCAUUCAUACUCUUUUUCAUCGUAUUGAUUGGUGGAGCGAUAUCGGCAGGAUUUGUAUACAGAAGUCGUAAAUUCGAGAAGGAAUUAGCGAUGAUAUGGAAGAUCGAAGUGCGUGAAGUGCAACGACUUAUGCAAGGCAACGCAUCAACAACGUCGCUUUUCCCGGAUGGAAAUGAUAUGGGUGACCAUGCGUGGUAUACUGGUCAAGACGCCGAGAAAAAAGGCUCAGGUCUCCGAGGUGUCGCAUACUACAAAGGGACUCUUGUUGCGUUGAAAGAGCUGACAUUUUCACGCAAACCUCGCGAAUUAACAAGGCAAUCGAAGAUUGAGAUGAGAGUUAUGCGCCAGCUGACUCAUCCGAACAUUAACAGCUUUAUGGGGAUUAUUAUGUGCCCAUAUUCGAUUUGCAUAGUCCGUGAGUUUUGCGCCAAAGGCUCAUUGAUGGAUAUAUUGCAAAAUCGAGAGUUCAAACUCGAUCACUUGUAUAUAGCGUCUUUCGUUGAAGAUCUCAUUAAUGGCAUGGUUUAUUUACAUGACUCUGAAUUGAAAGUUCAUGGUAAUCUGAAGUCCACCAAUUGUUUGAUUACAUCGAGGUGGGCGCUGCAAGUAGCCGACUUUGGUCAUCAUGAAAUACGUGAAGGGCGACAGUGGGAAAGCGAAGAGAGUCGGUGGAUGAGUUACCUUUGGUGUGCACCGGAAUUGCUGCGAGAGAGCGAGUUGAAGCACUCCGUUAAAGGAACGCAAAAAGGUGAUGUCUACGCGUUUGGAAUCAUUCUGCACGAAAUUCUGACGCGACAGGGACCAUUCCAGAUAUUCGCUAAAAGCGAAACGCAAGUGCCUGAGAUUGUUGCUCGAGUAGCUGGCGGAACGUGCAGUAGACCGAAUCUGUCAUGUAUCGAAGGCCAGGACUAUGUAAUCGAGACAAUGCGAUUGUGCUGGUCUGAGUACCCAGAAAACCGUCCAGAUUUCAAGAAUGGUGUUCGACACAAAUUGAAACCCAAUGACCAUAUGAUGGUGAUGAUGGAGAAAUAUCAAAACCAAUUAGAAGAUUUGGUCGAUGAACGAACAGCUGAACUACGUGAGGAACAAAAACGCAGCCAGCACCUGUUACAACGAAUGUUACCCAGGAGUGUUGCGCAGCAGCUAUUGGAUGGACAGGAUGUGGUACCAGAGUCAUUCCCAUCGGUCACUAUUUAUUUCUCGGAUAUUGUUGGUUUUACGCGUAUUUCUGGAGAAUCUACCCCUAUGCAGGUUGUGACGUUCUUGAACAAAUUGUACACAAAGUUCGAUAGAAUUAUUCAAAAGUACGAUGUAUAUAAGGUGGAGACGAUUGGAGACGCUUACAUGGUCGUGUCGGGUGUGCCUAACUUCAAAGAGACGCAGUUUCAUGCGAAAGAGAUAGCGCUCAAAAUCCAUUGCUCUCAACCGACACGAGAUGUUCUGUCGGCAAUUCCUGGUUUUGUUCUUGAAGAGCGAGGAACUCUCGUUAUAAAGGGUAAAGGUCCAAUGACCACGUAUUGGUUGCUGGAUGCGGAAGGUUACGAGUUCUCCGAUGAUGAAGAGCUACGGGAAGAAGAGCCAAGCUUAGCGCCAGAGAUUUUCCCACGGAAUUCCACUUUCCGUACAAUAAGAGGCUCUGGAUUUGCCCUCAAUCGUGAGUCUACAAUGUCGCUCUCGACUCAGAAAGACCAACAACGAGCCAUCAAAACAACUGCUUUUUUCUCGGCCAUGAAUGGUGGAGUAGUGUCGAUGGGUAAUUCGUAUAAAGAGCUGCCAAGUGUACAUGAGGAGGACUCACCAGGCGCACCUCGGCAGCGGCGGCUCCUGGUAUCAUCAAAGUCGCAAUGCUCGAUGGCAGCCAUUUUCAUCGACAAGGAAUUGCUAUCAACAUGUGAGCCUAGUUCCCGAACAGUGCAAUCGUCAUCGCCAACACCUAGCCAGUACCCUUCGUAUAAAGAUCUGGCUGAUCUUCCGGCUAUUCCAAGGAAACAAGGGAUGGCACUUAUUGUGCGACCUCCUAGAAAGCGAUCGCUCUCCGUCGGUGACAACGUGCCACAUGCGACAACGAUGAUGUCAAACUUCGACGACGGCUCCACAACUAAGGACCGGAAAUCGAUUUUGUCGCUGCAACAUCUUCGAGAUCCAUCGCCUUUGCAGCGAUUACGUGAUGCAUCGCCGUUUGGUCGGCAUUUAUGGCAAGGAGGUGAACGGACAGCCUCCGUAAAUCGGUUUCUGAGACGGUUAGCGAAUGGAGUGGGAUCGCACUACGUCGAUCUUAAUAAUUCCUGUGAUGAUGGCUUUGAAUUCAAUUGCGGGAAUAGAAUGAGUGACGUUCCACUUCUACAAGAUAGAUGUGAGAAGGAGGCGACGGAAGAAAAAGAUAGUCCAACAGAUCCGCUGAUUUCGUUGAAUUCGCCAUUGAUGGUGUAA